AUGGCCACAGCAACAACAGCAUCAAUGACCAGCAGCACUGAUCAAGAAUAUGAUCGUUUAAACGAUGCAAAACUGUUUGACGACUCUAAACUUGGAGUCAAAGGCCUUGUCGACUCAGGCGUUGCCUCCAUUCCUCGCUUCUUCAUUCACCCAAGUGAGACACUAUCUGAUCUUAAAACCAUUUCACAAGUCGAACGUGACAUCAUCCCCACAAUUGACCUGUCAGGGGUUGACUCCAACAGCAGGUCUAAGAUUGUGGAGCAGAUUUCGAGUGCCUCUCGCGAGUUCGGGUUUUUUCAGAUUGUGAAUCAUGGGGUUUCGGUGGAAGUGAUGGAACAAAUGAUUGGUGGUAUCAAGGGUCUGCACGAGCAGUCCCCAGAAGAGAAGACGCGGUGGUACCGUAGGGACAUGGGGACCGGAGUAGCAAUUUUUUCUAACUUCGACUUGUUUCAUUCUAAAGCCGCUAGCUGGAGGGACACGCUUCAGGUGUAUCUAGGUCCCACCUUACCGGAGCUUCAAGAAAUCCCUGAGAUAUGCAGGAAUGAGUUGCUUGAGUGGAACAUACAGACUAAAAGAGUGGCAGAACUAUUGAUGGAGUUGUUGUGCGAAGGAGUGCGAUUGGAUGCGGGAAGGUUAAAGGAGAUGACAUGUUUGGAAGGGAGGACAAUGGUAGGCCACUACUAUCCAUGCUGUCCACAGCCUGAUCUAACGGUUGGGAUUGCAUCUCAUACAGAUCCUGGGGUCGUGACAGUGUUGCUUCAGGACGAUAUUGGAGGUUUGCAGGUCAAGUAUAAUGGGGAAUGGGUGGAUGUUAAACCUGUCCCAGGAGCUCUUGUGAUCAACGUUGGAGAUAUACUUCAGAUAAUGUCCAAUGAUGAAUACAAAAGUGUAGAACACAGAGUGUUGGCUAAUCCUCAUCGCGAACCAAGAGUUUCAAUUGCAGUUUUCUUCAAUCCUAGUGACAGGGUCAGCUUGUUUGGACCCCUCCCGGAGCUAAUAUCAUCACAGAAACCAGCUCAGUACAGGCAGUUCACCAUGGAAGAUUAUCUGAAAAGGUUCCUUUCAAGAGAGUUGGAUGGCAAAUCUUUGGCAAACCACUACAAGCUGUGA